GCCCCGGAGCCUGAGCCGAGCGGCGGAGCCGAGACGGCGGCGGCGCCGGUGGGAUGCGGGGAUCGCGCCCCCGGGGCCGCUGAGCCUGCGCCCGGUGCCCGGAGCCCCGCGCCGAGCGAGUCCGUGCCGAGUCGCUGCCGCCCAUCCCGGGACCCGGGCCGGGGGACCAGCAGGACUUUCCUGGGCCUCGGUCAGCAGAUCCAGAUGCCCCAGCCAUUGCCAGAUGUUGGCACCUCCGUGCCCCAGGUGAAGUCUGGGCACCCUCCCCCGCACAGCUUCCCUACAGGCAGCGUGAGGACAGCCUGUGCCCCAGAAGCAGGAUGAGAAGAUGGCAGACUUCCUGUUACCUCGGGGCACCAGCAGCUUCCGCAGGUUCACCCGGGAGUCUCUGUCGGCCAUCGAGAAGCGCAUGGCGGAGAAGCAGGCCCGGAGCUCCGCCGCCUCGCAGGAGAGCCGCGACGGGCUGCCCGAGGAGGAGGCUCCCCGGCCCCAGCUGGACCUGCAGGCCUCCAAAAAGCUGCCGGAUCUCUACGGCAACCCACCCCGAGAGCUCAUCGGGGAGCCCCUGGAGGACCUGGACCCCUUCUAUAGCACUCAAAAGACCUUCAUCGUCCUGAACAAAGGCAAGACCAUCUUCCGGUUCAGUGCCACCAACGCCUUGUAUGUCCUCAGCCCCUUCCACCCCAUCCGGAGAGCGGCUGUGAAGAUCUUGGUUCAUUCGCUCUUCAGCAUGCUCAUCAUGUGUACCAUCCUGACCAACUGCGUGUUCAUGACCCAGCACGACCCUCCACCCUGGACCAAAUAUGUCGAGUACACCUUCACUGCCAUCUACACCUUUGAGUCUCUGGUCAAGAUUCUGGCUCGAGGCUUCUGCCUGCACGCGUUCACCUUCCUUCGGGACCCGUGGAACUGGCUGGACUUCAGUGUGAUCAUCAUGGCAUACACCACUGAAUUUGUGGACCUGGGCAAUGUCUCAGCUUUACGUACCUUCCGAGUCCUCCGGGCCCUGAAAACUAUAUCAGUCAUUUCAGGCCUGAAGACCAUCGUGGGGGCCCUGAUCCAGUCUGUGAAGAAGCUGGCCGACGUGAUGGUCCUCACGGUCUUCUGCCUCAGCGUCUUCGCCCUCAUCGGCCUGCAGCUCUUCAUGGGCAACCUGAGGCACAAGUGCGUUCGCAACUUCACGAUGCUCAACGGCACCAACGGCACCAGUGGCUCCGUGGAGGCCGACGGCCUGAUCUGGGAAUCGCUGGACCGCUACCUCAACGCCCCAGAAAAUUACCUACUCAAGAAUGGCACCUCUGACGUGUUACUCUGUGGGAACAGCUCCGACGCUGGGACAUGUCCCGAGGGCUAUACGUGCCUGAAGGCAGGCGAGAACCCUGACCAUGGCUACACCAGCUUCGACUCCUUCGCCUGGGCCUUCCUUGCCCUCUUCCGACUGAUGACGCAAGAUUGCUGGGAGCGCCUCUACCAGCAGACCCUGAGGUCUGCAGGGAAGAUCUACAUGAUCUUCUUCAUGCUGGUCAUCUUCCUGGGCUCCUUCUACUUGGUGAACUUGAUCCUGGCUGUGGUCGCCAUGGCCUACGAGGAGCAAAACCAAGCCACCAUCGCGGAGACAGAGGAGAAGGAAAAGCGAUUCCAGGAAGCCAUGGAGUUGCUCAAGAAAGAGCAGGAGGCCCUCGCCAUCAGGGGUGUGGACACCGUGUCCCGCAGCUCCUUGGAGAUGUCCCCAUUGGCCCCAGUAACCACCCACGAGAGAAGGAGCAAGAGAAGAAAACGAAUGUCUUCAGGGAUGGAGGAGUGUGGGGAUGACAAGUUCCCCAAGUCCGACUCGGAGGAUGGUCCCCGAGCAGUGAAUCGUUUCAGCAUCACCCACAGCCUCAGCAGGACCUCCAUGAAGCCGCGCUCCAGCCACGGGAGCAUUUUCACCUUCCGCCGACGGGACCUGGGCUCCGAGACAGAUUUUGCGGACGAUGAAAACAGCACCGCCGGGGACAGCGAGAGCCACCGCACAUCCCUGCUGGUGCCUUGGCCCCUGCGGCGGCCUAGUACCCAGGGACAGCCCAGUCCUGGAACCUCAACUCCCGGCCACGUGCUCAACGGCAAGAGGAACAGCACUGUGGACUGUAACGGGGUGGUCUCCUUGUUGGGGGCAGGCGACCCUGAGGCCACCUCCCCCGGGAGUCACCUCCUCCACCCUAUGAAGCUGGAGCGCCCCCCGGACACGACCACGCCAUCGGAGGAGCCAGGCAGGCCCCAGACGCUGACGCCGCAGGCUCCAUGUGUGGACGGCUUUGAGGAGCCAGGAGAGCGGCAGCGAGCCCUCAGUGCAGUGAGCGUCCUCACCAGUGCCCUGGAAGAGUUGGAGGAGUCUCAGCGCAAGUGUCCACCGUGCUGGAUCCGUUUCGCCCAGCACUACCUGAUCUGGGAGUGCUGCCCGCUGUGGAUUUCCAUUAAGCAGAAAGUGAAGUUCAUGGUCAUGGACCCAUUUGCUGACCUCGCCAUCACCAUGUGCAUCGUGCUUAACACGCUCUUCAUGGCCCUGGAGCACUACAACAUGACGACCGAAUUUGAGGAGAUGCUGCAGGUGGGGAACCUGGUCUUCACAGGGAUCUUCACAGCAGAGAUGACCUUCAAGAUCAUCGCCUUGGACCCCUACUACUACUUCCAGCAGGGCUGGAACAUCUUCGACAGCAUCAUCGUCAUCCUCAGCCUCAUGGAGCUGGGCCUGUCCCGCAUGGGCAACCUGUCGGUGCUUCGCUCCUUCCGCCUGCUUCGGGUCUUCAAGCUGGCCAAAUCCUGGCCCACCCUGAACACACUCAUCAAGAUCAUUGGGAACUCGGUGGGCGCGCUGGGCAACCUGACGCUGGUGCUGGCCAUCAUCGUGUUCAUCUUCGCUGUGGUGGGCAUGCAGCUCUUCGGCAAGAACUACUCAGAGCUGAGGCACCGCAUCAGUGACUCAGGCCUCCUGCCGCGCUGGCACAUGAUGGACUUCUUCCACGCCUUCCUCAUCAUCUUCCGCAUCCUCUGUGGAGAGUGGAUCGAGACCAUGUGGGACUGCAUGGAGGUGUCUGGGCAGUCACUAUGCCUGCUGGUCUUCCUGCUUGUUAUGGUCAUUGGUAACCUUGUGGUCCUAAACCUCUUCCUGGCUCUACUGCUCAGCUCCUUCAGCGCCGACAACCUCACAGCCCCCGACGACGACGGGGAGAUGAACAACCUCCAGCUGGCCCUGGCCCGCAUCCAGCGGGGCCUGCGCUUCGUCAAGCGGACCACCUGGGACUUCUGCUGCGGGCUCUUGCAGCGGCCGCCUCAGAAGCCCGCGGCCCUCGCCUCCCAGGGCCAGCUGCCGGGCUGCAUCGCCACCUCCAGCCCCCCGCCCCCACCAGAGGCCGAGAAGGCGCCCCCAGCCCGCAAGGAGACGCGGUUUGAGGAAGGCCAGCGGCCAGGUCAGGGCGCGUCCGGGGAGGCCGAGCCCGUGUGUGUGCCCAUCGCCGUGGCCGAGUCAGACACGGAGGACCCCGAGGAUGAGAACAGCCUGAGCACAGAGGAAGAGUCCAGCAAGCAGCAGGAAUCCCAGCCUGCGUCCGGCAGCCCAGAGGCCCUCCCAGAGCCGAGGGUCUGGAGCCAGGUGUCAGAGACCACCUCCUCUGGGGCCGAGGCCAGUGAGGCUCAGGCAGACUUGCGGCAGCAGCAGCGAGCAGAGGCCCCGGCCCCAGGGCGCAGUGAGCUGCCCGAAGACAGUUACUCUGAGGGGAGCACAGCAGAUAUGACCAACACCGCUGACCUCCUGGAGCAGAUCCCUGACCUCGGAGAGGACGUCAAAGAUCCGGAGGACUGCUUCACUGAAGGCUGUGUCCGACGCUGUCCCUGCUGUACUGUGGACACCACCCAGGCCCCCGGGAAGGUCUGGUGGAGGCUGCGCAAGACCUGCUACCGCAUCGUGGAGCACAGCUGGUUCGAGACGUUCAUCAUCUUCAUGAUCCUGCUCAGCAGUGGCGCGCUGGCCUUUGAGGAUAUCUACCUGGAGGAGCGGAAGACCAUCAAGGUCCUGCUAGAGUACGCCGACAAGAUGUUCACCUACGUCUUCGUGCUGGAGAUGCUGCUCAAGUGGGUGGCCUACGGCUUCAAGAAGUACUUCACCAACGCCUGGUGCUGGCUUGAUUUCCUCAUCGUGGACGUCUCGCUGAUCAGCCUGGUGGCCAACGCCCUGGGCUUUGCAGAGAUGGGCCCCAUCAAGUCACUGCGGACCUUGCGUGCGCUCCGACCCCUGCGAGCCCUGUCACGAUUUGAGGGCAUGAGGGUUGUGGUCAACGCCCUGGUGGGCGCCAUCCCAUCCAUCAUGAACGUCCUUCUCGUCUGCCUCAUCUUCUGGCUCAUCUUCAGCAUCAUGGGCGUGAACCUCUUCGCGGGGAAGUUUGGGAGAUGCAUCAACCAAACUGAGGGAGACAUGCCCUUGAACUAUACCAUCGUGAACAACAAGAGCGACUGUGAGUCUUUCAACGUGACUGGCGAAUUGUACUGGACCAAGGUGAAAGUCAACUUUGACAACGUGGGGGCCGGGUACCUGGCCCUUCUGCAGGUGGCAACAUUUAAAGGCUGGAUGGACAUCAUGUAUGCAGCUGUAGACUCCAGGGGGUACGAGGAGCAGCCCCAGUGGGAAUACAACCUCUACAUGUAUAUCUAUUUUGUCGUCUUCAUCAUCUUUGGGUCUUUCUUCACCCUGAACCUGUUCAUCGGUGUCAUCAUUGACAACUUCAACCAACAGAAGAAAAAGUUAGGGGGCCAGGACAUCUUCAUGACAGAGGAGCAGAAGAAGUACUACAAUGCCAUGAAGAAGUUGGGCUCCAAGAAGCCCCAGAAGCCCAUCCCACGGCCCCUGAACAAGUACCAGGGCUUCAUAUUCGACAUUGUGACCAAGCAGGCCUUCGACGUCACCAUCAUGUUUCUCAUCUGCUUAAACAUGGUGACCAUGAUGGUGGAGACAGACGACCAGAGCCCUGAGAAGGUCAACAUCUUGGCCAAGAUCAACCUGCUGUUCGUAGGCAUCUUCACAGGCGAGUGCAUCUUCAAGAUGGUUGCCCUGCGCCACUAUUACUUCACCAACAGCUGGAACAUCUUCGACUUCGUGGUCGUCAUCCUCUCCAUCGUGGGCACUGUGCUCUCAGACAUCAUCCAGAAGUACUUCUUCUCCCCGACGCUCUUCCGCGUCAUCCGCCUGGCCCGCAUCGGCCGCAUCCUCAGGCUGAUCCGCGGGGCCAAGGGCAUCCGCACGCUGCUCUUCGCCCUCAUGAUGUCCCUGCCCGCCCUCUUCAACAUCGGGCUGCUGCUCUUCCUCGUCAUGUUCAUCUACUCCAUCUUCGGCAUGGCCAACUUCGCCUACGUCAAGUGGGAGGCCGGCAUCGACGACAUGUUCAACUUCCAGACCUUCGCCAACAGCAUGCUGUGCCUCUUCCAGAUCACCACGUCGGCGGGCUGGGACGGGCUCCUCAGCCCCAUCCUCAACACGGGGCCCCCCUACUGCGACCCCAACCUGCCCAACAGCAACGGCUCCCGGGGCAACUGCGGGAGCCCCGCAGUGGGCAUCCUCUUCUUCACCACCUACAUCAUCAUCUCCUUCCUCAUCGUGGUCAACAUGUACAUCGCCAUCAUCCUGGAGAACUUCAGCGUGGCCACGGAGGAGAGCACGGAGCCCCUGAGUGAGGACGACUUUGACAUGUUCUACGAGAUCUGGGAGAAGUUCGACCCGGAGGCCACCCAGUUCAUCGAGUAUUCAGCCCUGUCCGACUUCGCUGACGCCCUGUCGGAGCCGCUCCGGAUCCCCAAGCCCAACCAGAUAAGCCUCAUCAAUAUGGACCUGCCCAUGGUGAGCGGGGACCGCAUCCACUGCAUGGACAUCCUCUUUGCCUUCACCAAGAGGGUCCUGGGCGAAUCUGGGGAGAUGGACGCCCUGAAGAUCCAGAUGGAGGAGAAGUUCAUGGCGGCCAACCCGUCCAAGAUCUCCUACGAGCCCAUCACCACCACGCUGCGGCGGAAGCACGAGGAGGUGUCGGCCACGAUCAUCCAGCGGGCCUUCCGCCGGCACCUGCUGCAGCGCUCGGUCAAGCAGGCCUCCUUCCUCUACCGCCGGCAGGCGGGCAGCAGCGGCCUCUCGGACGAGGACGCCCCGGAGCAGGAGGGCCUCAUCGCCUACAUGAUGAAUGAGAACUUCUCCCGCCGCCCCGGCCCGCCCGGCAGCUCCUCCGUCUCCUCCACGUCCUUCCCGCCCUCCUACGACAGCGUCACCAGGGCCACCAGCGACAACCCCCAGGUGCGGGCGUCUGACUACAGCCCUAGCGAGGAUCUCGCCGACUUCCCCCCAACCCCCGACAGGGACCGCGAGUCAGUCGUGUGAGCGCAGCCCAGGGAGGGGGGCGCCUGCGCAGAGCAUCGUGGCAAACCCAAGGGCAGCCGCUGGGCCGUCCGACCUUUGCUUUGGGCUUCGGGAGUGAGAGAGGAGCCUCGCCCUGUGGACCGACCAGGCAGUCCUGUGCACCGCGCCGAUGGCUGGGAGCACUUGGCCGAGCUGUCCGUCUGGGGUUACCAGUCCUGGGGGCCGGGUCUGGUCCGGCAGCGCCCUGGGGCUCUGACCACCACCUCCGUCCCAGCUGCUGAGACAAAACGCGAAACCAAGACUAUGUUGUGAAUGGGCUUUCAUACAUUUAUUAUAUUUGAUAUUUUUUUACCUGAGCAAAGAACUAACUUUUUUUUUUUUUCAUGGAUGGAUCGGCAGCGAUUCACACUGCCUCUUCCUAACUCGGAACAAGAGUGUCUGUGGAGUUGCUGGGGCCCUGCUGUCAAUGCAAAAGUGAGAUCCCGUGUGGGUCCCACGGGCCUUCACUGCCUAGGGGCGGGCAGAAAGGGGGUCCCCCGCCGCUUGGGCUGAGGUUCCAGGAGGGCUGAACCCCUUCCCAUACAGAUGUGCGCGCGCACUCACACUCACCGAGGCCAGACACAAGCCACAUGUGGCCUGGACUCCCCAAGGCGAGCGGCACCCCCCAGGUGGGAUUCUUGUCAGCCAGGGCUCACUCAUUGCCCCAUUUCCCCUGUAUGUUUAUGCAGGCCACCCUGGAGUCAGGCCUAUAAAUACAACAAGCUUCCAGAAGAGAGCGGCCCGGCUCCCAGGGCUUGUCCUCGGCACUGACGUUGCCUUUCUUCCCUGUAGAGCUUGGCCUCUGUUAGAGUAUUAACAUUAAGGGAAGGGCCUGAGGGAGGCACAUACGUCCUGCCACCCAGCUUGUCCGUGCUGCCCAGCCUGGCUGGCCCUGCCCCAGCAAGAGAAGGCUGAGCCCGUGGGGUUGGGGUGAAGAACCCACUCCACAGCCCCCAGCACGGUGCCCUCCAGCCCGCGUGGAGAAUGGAAUCCGCUGUUAUCACCCAGGCUCUGUCUCCAGACCUUUCUGCCUCUGCCCAGGGCUGAGGGGGUGCCCGUGUGGACCCCAGCUUCUCUCCAGCUGCGGCAGCACAGGAGUGGGGAGGGCUACCCAGGCCGCGUGCACGGAAGGGGCUGCAGGACGCUCAGGAGGGGAAUGGACCCCAGGUCUCCUGGGAAGGGGAGUCGAGUGACCCUGGACCAGCGCCCCCCUCCCCGCCCGUUCAGCCCGGAGUCCCGGUGGCAGCGCACUCGGGACCUCCUGGGGCAGGGUCCAGGCUGCCCACGGGUCUUGUGAGCAGGCCUUUUCAGGGAAAAAUACUUUUUCUAGUCCGAUUACCACCACCCUCCCCACCCCCCACCCCCUCCCCCCUCGCCCCACGCCCCCUCCCCGCCACAGGGCCUCUUCAGCUGCUGACAAUCCUACUGAGCAUAUGCAAAUCUUUCAAUGUAGAGAACUGUCACCCUGAGAGUGACAGUGGUGGCUGGUGGAGGCUGUGCAGGCAGGGGCUCGGCUGCCCAAGUCCACUCUCCAGCAAAGCCGCCCUCCACCCGGCGGCCACCUCACAGGCCGCCUCUCGGGGCAGCCCCGGAAGCCAGAAGCUGGCUGUCCUAACCUACCUCGCCGAGCCGUCGGGGGGCCGGCUGUGGGGAGCUGAGGGGGAACCGCCAGCGGCGAGUCAAGUAUUACCGUUCCUUCCCGUCACUCGAGUUCGCUUGGUGGCAGCCCCAGCCGCCCCCCUGCCCCGUCCCCAGUGAUUUCUCUUCUCUCAUGUUCCCUUGAAGUCUGGCGUGGGACAUGGUUUUAACUGUCCCAGCACCACUUCUCUGAGUGGAAAUCUUAUUUUUGUAGCUCUCUGUGCUGUGCUCUCAAGGCUGGGAGAGGUGUGUGCCCUCCGCGACGCCUGGCACCCUGCAUGGGCAGGGAGGCCGGCCGGGCUGCAGGCCCGGCUGACUGGAAGGAGGCUGGGGUUGUGUGUGUGGGGACAGCCCGGGAGCCUGAGGCGGCUGCCGGGCCGGCCACUGACUGCAGCCCGUGUGGCCGAGGGCGGGGCCGAGCUAGACCGACUCCUUAGCUUGUACGUGUCUCUCAUUGCUUUUUUCCAGAACUGCAUAGUGACCAGCAGAGUGGGAGCAGGAGGGGAGGACACAGGAGGGAGGGAGAAGCACCAAGCGCCAGCCGUUGUCUGAACCACCCAAGCACUUCUCACCAAACUUCGUGCAUAAAUAAGAUGCAUAUUUUUAAAACAAACCAAUAAAUGGCUUACAUGA